GGUUUCUACACAGUGGUACAUAGGCGUCCGUCCAAAGGUCUCUAUAGAACAUAACGGAUAGUUAUUUCAGCUAAUAUUAUACCUGUGUAUUUGAUUUGGAAUCAACCGGGAACUAACUUACAUGCGAGUCUAUCAGAAAAAUCACCAUGAAGCUAUAUAGCUAUAAUAACGUUGUUGCCUCUAGUGGCGGUGUACUGCAUUCCAUCACUUACAGACUUUGAAGACGUUGAAGAAUUGUUGGGUCAUAGGUCGAAGAGACAAAGUGGAAUCAGUGACGACAAUAACAGAGAUCCUCAUCUCAUAGAUACAAGAAGUCUGCCAUACAGACGUGAUGACCGAUGGACACUAGACUACAGGUACAUGCCCGUGGUGGGCAAUGGCCACAUGGCAAUGUCGGUGUACAACGACUCUAUAUUUCUUGACGGUGUAUAUAACGGCAGGGGUGAGUUCAGUCGAAGAGCCAGGAUCCCCGCAGAAGCUGCGCUCAGGGUCAACUUCAGUUCUAGCGUCACCAACAUUCAGAGGAGGUUUAGAUUUAACCUUGACACUGGUGUAUUUGAAGAAAACAUAACCCUACCUCACUGUGAUAUCGUUCAUCGUACGUACUGCCACAAGUACUAUACCAGGGUGUUUAUCCAGGAGAUUAUUAUGACCCCAAGAACUGGGCAGAUCCAACAAUGUAAACUUCAACUGGAUCACCUCAGGGAUAACUAUACAGACGAUUUCGAGAUCUUCAAGAAAGAACCUUUUAAUAACGCCGAUUGGACGAGGCGCUUAAGAACCCAUGUUGCAGAAGGCGAUGGUGCAAGUCCCCGAGAUGUCUACAUGUUCUUUGAUGAUAUUCCUCGGGAUUUAUCUUUACCUAGGAAUGCACAAAACCCCCAAAGAAAUGUAUUCGUCAUGACUUUAGAUACAGACAGAUCCAGGGCAGAGAGAGCAUAUACGGAGGUUCAGCGGGUUUUAUCUACAACCAAUGGUUAUAAUGAACUCUAUAAAGAUCAUCUUGACGCUUGGAGGAUACUAUGGCAGUAUGCUAGGAUAGAAAUAGAGGGGAAUGUUCGAUUGGCAAAAGUUACAAAAGCUGCACUGUACUAUAUGAUGAGCUCUCUUCCUCCUCUAGUGCGGGAAACUGGAGGUCCACAGGAUACGUACCAACCUGCCAAUCCGUUUAUGGGAUUAGCUCGCAGUGGAUUGGGGGCCGGAUGUAACACAACCGAUUACAAUGGGCAUGUUUUCUGGGAUCACGAAAUGUUCAUGAUGCCCCCGAUGACCAUUUUGUACCCAAGUAUUGGCAAGGAAAUGCUGAUGUACCGCAUGAACAGGCGAUCUGCCGCCAAAGAGAGAGCAAGUCAGACGGGAAACCAGGGUGAGCGAUUCCCAUGGGAGAGUGCUAUCACUGGUCGAGAAAUAACUACAAGCUAUGCAAAGUUCCAACAAGAAUACGCCCACCACAUCACUGGAGCAGUAGGCUGGGCUGCAAGGAAUUACUACUCAGCCACUCGUGACCAGGAAUUUAUGGAUAGCAAUGGUGGUUGUGAUUUCUCAAAGGAAAUAGCACGUUUCUGGCAAAAUAAGAUGAAAUGGAAUAACACAAAAGCCAGAUGGGACCUCAAUGAAUGCCAAGGUCCAAACGAUUUACACAGUUAUGUGAACAACAAUGCUUAUACAAACGCAUUAGCCACAUUAUCAAUCCAGUGGGCAAGAUACGUUGCCUGUUUAUGUAGACGAAACGAGAAAGAUGAAAUUCCUGAUGAAUGGAUGAGGCGCUCUGUUGACCUUUACAUGCCUUAUAACGACAGGUACAGGCGUCACGAUGAAUUUGACGACUAUGAAUACAGAGCUGGUAACCAGUCUCUCAAACAAGCGGACACAACACUUCUGCAUUACCCACUUGGCUGGAACACAACGAAGGAGAUAAUGCGUAACGAUCUGGAGUUCUAUGAAGGAAAACUGAACUCUAACCCCCCAGCCUUGACUUAUAGUGUCCAUGCUAUAGGAUGGCUAAGAGUACCGGAUAAGAGUCGGGCUGAUUCUAUGUUUGAAAGAAGUUAUAGCUCUUAUGUGCAAGAACCAUUUAAGACAUGGACAGAGUACCCAAAUUAUCAAGGUUCGGUGAACUUUCUUCCUGGGAUGGGAGGCUUCUUGUCUACAUUGUUGUUUGGUUAUGCUGGUAUCCACAUUAAACCCGAAGAGAUGAUGGUCUACCCUCCUACUCUACCACCCGGUGUUAACACGAUGAGAAUAUACGGUGUACAUUAUCUUGGAAACAGCUUGGAGUUUGAAAUCCAAAGUAGUGGUGUAACAUUACGAAAUACCGGAGGAGAUGGGAAACAUCAACUUAGAGUGCGUUUGAACAACACUAUGGAGGGGGGUCGUCCAGAAGAACGAGAAUUUCGUCAAGGGUCUUCUAUCCAAGCAACAAAUACAGGGUUGACGAUCUUCAGUACAACUGUGACCAACUGCAAACCACCAGAUGAUACACUCAGAGUUCGUUAUAGUCCUGUAAGCUAUAUGGUGGCCCCCAGUGGCCCUCAGAAGCUAAAUGAUGGCCCCCAGAAGCUAAUUAGUGGCCCCCAGGAGCUAUAUGGUGGCACCCAGAAGCUAUACAGGGAACCCCAGUGGCCCCAAGAAGCUAUACAAUGGCCCCCAGAAGCUAUACAGCAGCCCCCAGAAGCUACACGAUGGCCCCCAGAAUCUAUAUGA